AUGGCAACAAAUACAACUCUUGAUUCGAGUCGUGACCUUCGACACACUCGAUUAGUUCUUCUAUCAAUACUUUUUAUCGUUGGUUUAACAGGCUGUUCGAUUGUUAUUUAUUGGCUAAUACGCUAUGCAAGAUGGAAUAUGAGAUCAGCUCGUAUAUGUUCACUUAUUCUUAAUUUAGUUAUCGCUGAUUUAUCUGUAUACAUCUUUGCAACUGGCAUUCAAAUUUUUUGGGAAUUUCAAACAAAUCGACAAUGGCCAUUUAAUGAUUUUCUAUGUCGAGUGACAAAAUUUUUUCAAAGUUUUUCAAUUCUUUCAUCAUCAUAUAUUGUUGUUAUAAUGGCAAUUGACCGUUGCGUAGCCAUUAUUAGCCCAUUAAAAGUUGGAAAAAUUCGCAUUCUCCAUUUAUGCGGUAGUGCAUGGAUUCUAGCUGGUCUUUUAUCAACGCCAAAUAUAUUUAUAUUUCAUCUACAUAUUAAUGGCACAGCUCGUCAUUGUGCGGCACUCUUUAAUCAUCAAACGACUCUUACAGGUCGUCGUAUUUAUCUAACCUUCAUCUCUCUCGUUGUGUAUUUCAUACCAUUUAUUGUCCUCGUUCUGUGUUACAUACUUAUUUUUAUUAAAUUAUUAUGGCGUGAACGUGAUCAAAACACUCAUGGUUUUAAACAUGGUUCUUCAUGUUGUUCAUGGUUGUUCGAUGCACCUAUGGGAGGUGUAUCGAGAAUGAUGUUGGAACGAACAAGUGCGCGAUCAGCAUCGACUCGCUCAUCAUUCAGUGAAUAUGAUGCAAGACGAAAACGAGCAAAUACUUAUGCCAAAGCUCGAACAAAGACAUUUCGUAUGAUUAUUAUCCUUGUUUUGUUUAUGAUUAUUUUUGGUGCACCAUAUUAUUGUUUGGAAUUAUAUGUUGCUUACACCGGCCGUCAUCCACCUCAUUUAGUCUUAGCUUUAGCUGGUGGAGCAGCUGUUGCUCCAUCCUCAUUGGAUCCAUGGAUAUUUCUUUUAUUUUGGGCUAAUUGGAAUCAAUCAACCAAUAUGAAUAAUAGCCGAAAAAUGGUUAACAUUAGUCUACACCAAAGAAAAAACAUUCAACAACAACAGUGUUUACCAAAACGACGCAUGGUACCAACAAAUACAUCGGGUACAUCAUCAUCUAGUGGCCCACGCCAGUAUAAGCAAGUUUUACUUCUUAGUCAAUCACGUUUGCCACCUUAUACAAUCAGGUGGAGUACAAAUGGUAACAGACAUAAUAUAUGUACCUUUAACUGA